GUCCACAUCUUGCAUUGCAUUGUCUGCGUCUUGGCUGCUGCACUCCCCAUCCAUGCACAUCAAUAACUGGGAAUCUGGGUCGAUGGACCUCACUUGCCUUCGUUCAUCCACCGACCCGGCCGACGUCUCUUACAUCUGGCAAGCCAACGCAGCCCACCUACCUGUUUCCGGUGCAGGGGACUCCCUCCGCCACAUUCAGACCCCUUCACUGUCUGUCUGUCUGCCCGUUCCUGCACCUGACCCUUCCCCAGAGCCGGGUGAGCACCGUCGCCCACAUCGACCUGCACGCGGAUAGCAUGCUACGACACUCCAUAUAGAUACUUCGACCGUUCCAUCUCCCACUGAACUCGAGGCUCGCAUCUGUUCACCUCAAUCUCCAGAUCCACCACUUUUUCCGCUUGAUUUUCGGUUCAUUGCAUUUUCGGAAUUCCUCUUGUCUUUCCAACCCUCUGGUUCGAAACUGCUUCAGCCCUUGGACGGAUCUCGAUCGAUCAUCAUCAUCAUCAUCAUCAUCAUAUCGACCCUUCGACCAUGUCUUUGUCCGAUCAAAUGGCAGGCGUCAAGCGCACCUAUCACCGUAUGAUGGAACACGCAACCGAAUGUGGCAUUGGCAUGGACGGUGUAGCAUAUCAGGACUUCACCCAUGCUGGCUUCUACACUCCGCCACCACCUCCGCCGACAGCCGUGCUGUUCAGCAACCCCAAUCCCUUUUCGUCGCCAAAUGGCGAGUAUGAAGGUUACAUUCCGACCUCUGAGUCGAUGUAUCAAUUCGCCGUCAGCCGCUCGCACUCAGAACCAUUCAUCAACAACCACGGCAACACCAACAACAACAAUAACACCAGUGAUUCGUUCAUCAGCCAUAGUAGCGCCUCGUCUUCAUGUGGUGCUUCGUUAGCAGGUCCAGCGACACCACCACCAGCAUACAAUGGUCCCAUGACGAUGAAGUAUCCUGCAGUGCCCAUCACGCCAAGCCAUGUUGUGCCACGGCAGAAGGCGAAGCGAACCGCUACCGCUUGUGAAGAAUGCCGCAAGAGAAAACAGAAGUGCGAUGGAGAGACACCAUGUCAGUCGUGCAAAGAACAGAAGCUCGACUGCAAAUAUCGCGAAGUGUCUCCGACCAAAAAAGACAACUCGCUGGAGAAACUGAUCUCCCUCGUCGAGAAUUGCCAAAAGUCGAUGGAGGCAUUGAACUCGCGUCUGGACACCAUGGGCUCGACGCUUCGUCAGAUCGAGAAAAGAUUGUCUCGAUGCUACCAGUGCGGCUCUGGAGUAGAGCUUGAGACCGGUGACUGCCACCAGUGUAACAACACCAACAACAUCCCCUGCAGAUUAUGAAUGAUCUGCCACCAGACCGGCGACGAUAUUACUUCACUGAGACGAAACUCGGAAAAAUACGCCCUUUGAGGCGUUUGUAGAAGAUGAGACGAGUUGAUGUCGCAUUGGCAGAGACGAGAGAUGCAUAGAUACCAUGGGCGGCGCCAGGUUUGCACUGGACUUUCUUUCAUUGGGAAAGAGUCGUGUUUCCAUAUUUUGAGUUUCCUUCCAAGUUUUGUUCAACCACUACAGCCUUGAAGUAAUCUGGACGAAGUGGUAGCUUUGCUGUAGAUGUCAACUGCCAAAAAUCUGUGCGAAGUGUACUACUAGAUCUUAUCAACAAGAAAGCACAGUAUCCAAGCAUC